GUCAAUUGUCAAAAUGUAUCUGAGAGAGGUUAAUAAUUUAUAGUUUUUUGGGAGUUAAUCGUAUUCAUUCAUGUAUUUUAAUCAAUGUUAUAUUAAAAUUAAUUCGUUUUGGGUAAAAUAACUUAACUGAGUAAGUUAAAAAUGGUGAACAAUACGACUUAUUGCACAUAGGUUUAUUAUCCCGGCUAAGUGACCGUGUUGGAUUUCUCGUUCUGCUAAUAUGUGUUAAAUAUUUUUUCAACAUGAUGAGUGGCCGUGGUUUAACGAAAAAGGAGCUUGAAGAGUUGAGGAAGAAGGAAGAAGAGGAAGCGGCAGCUCAUGUUUUCAAGGAGUUUGUAGAAACAUUUCAAGAAGUACCUAGCAGUACUUCUAAAGUUUGGGUGAAAGCUGGCACCUAUGAUGCAGGAGCUAGAAAGGAAGAUACAUCAGAGCGGGGUAAGCUUUACAAGCCAAUAUCACGACUGGAUGAGAAGCGGAGUAUCUCAGAGGCGGAGGUGGUGCGGAACCUGGCUCAGAGACCAGACCCGCCCGGCAGACCUCGCAAUAAGAAGGGCAAUGAUAAGAAGAAGAGCAACUUGGAGCUGUUCAAAGAGGAACUGAGACAAAUUCAAGAAGAAAGGUCUGAGCGUCACAAAUACAAGAAUGUUCUCAGAGAUCGAGGUAUUGUUGGUCCUGAACCAAUCAUUGACAACAUUCCUGAUGUGGGCUCGUAUGACACUGGCGAUCCUAACACCACUAACUUGUAUCUUGGCAACUUGAACCCAAAGAUAACAGAACAACAAUUAAUGGAGAUAUUCGGACGUUACGGUCCACUAGCCAGUAUUAAGAUAAUGUGGCCAAGGUCUGAUGAGGAAAAAGCUCGCGGCAGGAAUUGUGGGUUCGUCGCUUUCAUGUCGCGCAAGGAUGGUGAAAGGGCAUUGAGGAAUAUUAAUGGUAAAGAGAUAAUGAACUACGAGAUGAAGCUAGGCUGGGGUAAGGCGGUACUAAUCCCACCGGUACCAAUCUACAUCCCACCCGCGCUACACCACCCCACAAAGCCACCGCCACCUUCCGGUCUACCUUUCAAUGCGCAACCGCCGAAGCACUUAAGGGAUAAGAUACCUCGGAUUCGACCAGGUGAAUAUUACCCUAGCGAUCCUGAAGAAAAGGACGCCUAUGAACAGAUUUUAUCGCAGUCGAUCGUCAAAGUGGUCAUCCCUACAGAAAGAAACAUCCUUAUGCUAAUCCACCGCAUGGUCGAGUUCGUGAUCCGCGAGGGGCCGAUGUUCGAAGCGAUCAUAAUGAACAAGGAGAUGAGCAACCCGUUCUUCAGCUUUCUGUUCGAGAAUCAGUCGCCAGCGCAUAUAUACUAUAGGUGGAAACUGUUUUCGAUGCUCCAGGGGGAUUCGCCGAAGCAAUGGGCGCCCGAUGACUUUAGGAUGUUUAAAGGUGGUUCAGUGUGGCGUCCACCAGUAAUGAAUCUGUACACGGCGGGCAUGCCAGACGAGCUCGUGGAAGAGGAAGAUGCCAAAGAGAACAUACGUGGCACAUUGUCUAAUAACCAACGCGACCGCCUAGAAGACAUAAUCCGGCACUUAACUCCAACACGCACUAGCGUAGGGGAAGCGAUGGCGUGGUGUCUGGAACACGCAGAAGCGGCUGGUGAAGUGGCCCAAUGCCUUACAGAAUCGCUCUCUGGGGAUAAGACGCCAGCACAUAAGCGUAUAGCGCGGCUUUACUUGCUCUCCGAUAUAUUGCAUAAUGCGGGCGCGAAGCUGACCAAUGCGAGCGCUUUUCGGAAUGCUUUCCAACAGCGUCUCCCGGAGAUAAUGCGUCAGUGUCACGUGGCGUGGCGCGAGAUGGGUUCCCGCAUCCAGCAGGAGGGGUUCCGGGCGAGGGUCACCCGCAUCCUGCAGGCCUGGGCCGACUGGGCGGUCUACCCCACCGACCUGCUGCUGCACAUCAACGACCUGUUCCUGGGGCAGGAGAAGGAGGGCGGUGCAGCGAGCGAAACAGUGGAAUCCCGGCAAUGGGAGGGGUCCCGCUCGGGGUCAGCGUCGCCCCGCUCGGAGGGGUCCGCGGCGUCCGAGGGGUCGGGGCCGCUGGACGGGGCUGCGUUGAGACGGCUUGCGUCACAACGGGGUCCAGUAAGACUGGACGAUAUUGACGGUGUGCCAGUGGACGAGGACAUAGACGGCGUGCCCCUGGAAGCUGACGGGUCGGCGGCGGGCUCCGGGUCGGGGUCGGGCGGCGAGGGGCCCGCCGCGGCGGGCUUCGUGCCCUCGCGCUGGGAGAGCGUGGAGCCCGCGCCGCCCAGCGACGACGCGUCCACCACGCCCGUGCAUGCGCAGCCUGAUGGGACGGAUUCCCCUCAAGCGCGUUCCGAAGAGCGCACUCUAUCGCGCGAAACUCUACGCGACAUAGAGGUGCGCGUGCUGAAGUACGCGGACGAGCUGGAGAGCGGCGCGCGGGCCCGGCGCGCUGCGUUGGCGCCGCAACAGCAGAUACAGCACUACAGGAGGAAACUUAUCAAGAAGGCGCUCCGCGAGAUGAAAGAGCUGAAAGAAACCGAAGUAUUAUCCCCGCGGCGUCGCUCCCCCGACGAAGACGCAGUAUCCAGCUGCAGCAAGAAGUCCAAGAAGUCGCGCGAGCCCUCGCCGUCGCCGCUCAAGCGUGUGCGCUACGGUGAACGGAAAUCGCGUUCAAGAUCAAGAUCGCGAGAGAGAGAGUUGGACAGAUCUCGAGAUAGAGAGCGGGACAGAGAGCGCGAUAGGGAGAGGGAAAGAGAGAGAGAUAGGGAACGCGAACGGGAGAGAGAGAGACGAAGACGGUCCCCAGCCACGCCCCCCGCACACCAUCGGAAGCAUUCGAAACACGCCAAAUAUAAAUACUGAUGUUUGUGACUUGUAAUAUAUAAUAAAGUGCAUAAUGACGGAA